UACGAUUUCUAUUUUAUCUGUUGUCAUUCACGAUUUCGCGAACGCACGUCUCGUGAGUUGACUGAUGUGAUAAAAAUAUCGAAUUGUGUUUGAGAAAUGUGAAUAAACAGUGCAAGUUGCACUAAAAUGUAUCGUAAAAUAGUGUGGUGUUAUGUGUUUGUAUUGACGUUAUUGGAUAUUACACUGAAUACUAAGCUGUCAGCUCAGGGAAAGAGCCAUGGUGUCACAGUACAUGAUUCCCUCAUAGAGGGAAUUACAUUUCAGGAAUGGGGCGGGCCGGGCGCGGUGGCGGCGGGCGCGCUGCAGCUGUCGCCGCCCGCGCUGCACUUCGGGCGCGCGGCGCUGGCGGCCGCGCACGCGCUCACCGUCACGCUCACCAACACCGCCAACACCACCAUGCACCUCGCCUCCGUCGCCGGCACCACGCCGGACUUCCACGCCUCCUUCUUCGACUCUAAGACGCUGCCGCCGCAAGCCAACACGUCGUUCACGGUGGUGUACCUGGGGCGGCGCGAGGGCCCGGUGUCGGCGCACAUCUACAUCCACACGUCGCUGGGCGUGCACAAGUACCCGGUGUCGGCGGAGGGCGUGGCCAGCCAGUGGGGCGUGUGGCCGCUGCUGGGCGUGCGCGUGCCGCUCAACGCCAGCGUCGAGCCGCUGCUCACGCUGCACAACCCCACCGACCACACCAUACAAGUGAGCGAGGUGUACUCGUCGGGCGCGUGGCUGGGGCUGGAGCUGCCGGGCGGCGGCGCGCGGGCCCCGCGCGAGCUGUGGGCCGUGCCGGCGCGCAGCUCGCGGCCGCUCGUGCGCCUGCGCCUGGCGCCCGGCGCCGCCGCCGCGCCGCUCACGGCCUACGUGCGCAUCAAGGGCAACAUGACGGGCGGCGGCCUGCUGGUGUGCGUCACGGCGCGCUCCGUGCCGCCCGGCGAGCACCUCAGCCCGCUGCAGCUGCGUCUGCGCACGCGCGGCUCGCUCGACCCGCCCGACGUGUUCGACAUCGAGGCCGGCAACAGUGCGGGCACGCCGGCGCCGCUGGCGGGCGGCGUGUGGGCGCCGCGCUGCGGGCCCGCGCCGCCCGCGCCGCCGCCGCCGCCCGCCGACCGCGCGCCCACGCACAACGGACAGAGCGACAAGGGGAUGGCUAACGGAAACGGCGCGGCGGCCGACGGCGUGCGCGUGACGCUGCUGCGCGCCUCGCUGGAGCCGCACCAGGCGCUGGCCCGCGCCGCGCACCUCACCUUCGACUACGCGGCGCUGUGGGGCGCGGCGGCGGCGGGCGGCGCGGGCGCGGCGGGCGCGUGGUGCGCGGGCUGGCUGCGCCUGGGCCGCGCCGCGCUGCCCUACAGCGUGCGCCUGCUGCCCGGCACGCUGCGCCUGGACCCGCCCGCGCUGCACUUCGUGACGGCGGCGCGCGCGGAGACGCUGGAGCUGCGCGUGCACAACGACUUCCCGGCGCCGGUGCUGGUGACGGGCGCGGCGCUCAGCGAGGGCGCCGAGCUGGUGGAGCUGACGUCGCUGACGCCGCUGGCGCUGGCGCCGGGCGCGGGCGGCGUGGUGGCGCGGGUGCGGCUGCGCGGGGGCCUGGCGCCCGCGGCGCAGCUCAGCGCGCACGUGUCGCUGCGCUCUAACGUCACUGACUACGAGGUGCCGCUGUACGUCUACUCUGGACAACUGCAAAUUGAAUGGGAUUGGCCGAACUCAGAGGACGGCGAGCUGCGGCUGGGGCUGGUGGGCACGUCGUCCACCCGGCGCGUGGCGGCCACCGUGCGCAACCCCGCGCCCGCGCCGCUCUGCAUCACCGACGUGGCGCUCGACCUGCCCGGCGCCUCGCUGGCGCUGGCGCCGUGCGGGCCCCUGCGCGCGCCGCCGCCCGGACACGCCUGCCGCUGCGUGGCGGCGCGCGGGGCGCUGGGCGCGCUGCUGACGGUGGUGGCGCCGGCGCGGGCGGGCGCGCUGCGCGGGGCGCUGGCGCUGCGCGCGGAGGGCGCGGGCGGCGCGGUCUCGCGCGGCGCUGGCGCUGGAGGCGGCGCCGGGCCGCGUGGCCGCGCUGCCGCUGGCGCUGCCGCGCGUGGCGCCCUACGUGUGGGCGCGGGCGCCGCUCGUGCUGGACUGCAGCAUGGCGCAGCGCAUGCGCGUCACCGGCGUGGCGCUGCCGCCCACCGACCCUGCGCUCUCUUAUGAGGCGGGCGCGGAGGCGGAGGUGUGGGCGGGGCGGCACGCGGUGGGCACGGUGCUGUACGCGGCGGAGCGGCUGUGCGCGCCGCACUGCUACACGGGGCUGGACGUGGCGCGCGGCGACGGCGCCGCCUGGCUGCGCCGCGC